ACAGCUGACGUAUGCGUCUGUGUGAGUGAGAAAAAAAAGAACACAACGGAGAAAAACAAAUAGUCGAGUGUUGCGUUAAAUACGUGUGCAUUAUUAGAUAUAUUUUGAUAGUAUAGUAAUUAAUUAUUGCGGCGCCAUGGAAACACCGACAGCCGAUGAUUUGCUGCAGUUUCGCGACUAUAGCGCCACAAAUAAUAGCGGCGCACCAGCACAAAUCAAUGUGAAUUCGCCAACGCAUGCAACGAGCGGUGGCAACUUCAAUGCACAACAACAGCAACAGCAGCAGCGUCAACGUGGUGAUCCGUUGGCCGAUUUGAUCUAUGACAUGAGCAGCUCAACAGCCGCUACAGCUGGCGGUGGCGGUGGCGCUGGCGCACAAGGUGCCUCGCUAGAUGGCGCUGCCAAUGGUGGCGGAGCGGGAGCGGGUGGAGCUCGUCUCUCGUUCCUGACCAUCGAGUACUAUCAGCAAUUCUUCAAUGUCGACACCUAUAUGGUGUUGGAGCGCAUUGUCAACUCGAUGAUACCAAAGCGUGCGGCCUCCAAUUAUUUGCGCAUGAACAUUGGCGAAAAUCCAGAUUUAUAUGGUCCAUUCUGGAUCACCAUAACGCUGAUCUUCUCCAUUGCGAUUAGCGGCAACAUUGCCAACUAUUUGCAGCUGGCCGACGAUAGCUAUCAGUGGCAUUACAAUUUCCAUUUGGUCUCUUAUGCCGCCACUUGCAUCUUUCUCUAUGCCAACAUCUUGCCGGCGAUUCUUUGGGCGCUGUUCAAGUACAGCUUGAAGCCGGUGGAUCAAGCGGAUGCCAUUGAAACUGAUAGCGCGACGUAUACGCCAACGCUGCUGUCGCUGAUGUGCAUCUAUGGCUACAGCUUGGCCAUCUAUAUACCCGUCUCCAUACUCUGGGUGAUCAAUAUUUCAUUGCUACAGUGGCUGCUGGUUAUAACGGCUGCCAUGUUGUCGGGCACCGUGUUGAUUGCGGUGUUAACGCCAGCGCUUCGCAAUUCCCAGUACUCGCUAUUCCUUAUCGUUGGCAUACUGAGUGCCCAUGUUAUACUCGCCGCCGGAUUUCUACUCUACUUCUUUCACAGUCCACCGGACGCGUUGGCUGGUCCCAAGACGCCGUUGCCACAAGUAUUGCCGCCAGCUCACAUCGUGCAACAAGCUGUCAGCCAGCAGCCGGUUGUCGGUGAUUUGCCUCAGGCAAAUCAAACGGGCUAAAAUGCGCUCUCAUUCCACGCUUCAAAAUUUCAAAAUAUAUAUACUAUAAAUAUAUCUGUUGUACAUUAA